UUUGUCUUUUCCUUCUCCAGAUCCAGUGUGUGCUGCAGGACGUGGGCUCUAACAUGGCCACUCCUCGCUCAUCAGCCCGAGAGAGCCACAUAAAGAAGACGCAGUUCAGCAGUGAGACUGUAGCAGAGCUGGAGAGAUGGAUUGAUUCCUACACAGAUGAGCUUCCUCCUCUCACACACUUCAUCCUCCCUUCUGGGGGGAAAAGCAGUGCUGCCCUGCAUGUGGCCAGAGCUGUGUGUCGCCGGGCCGAGCGCUGCGUGGCUCCUAUAGUGCGUUCAGGCGAGGCCGAUCCUGACGUCAGUAAAUAUCUCAACAGGUUGAGUGAUUACCUGUUCACACUGGCCAGAUACACAGCCAUGAAAGAAGGAAACACAGAGAGGAUCUACAAGAGACCUGAAUGAACUUCUUCAACAUCAGAAAUAAACUUUCUUUUCUGAAAACUGUGAGAUUUCUCCAGUAUAUUUAUCUAAAUCACUUAUUUUGACCUGGUGUUGAAAACGUCUCCUGAUUCAGCUGAUGGUGUUAAUUCCACUGCAUCACUUCAUUACACUCCAACACUGACACU